GAUAGGUUGUAUUCUUAGUAUUCAUCAUGUACCUGGCUCAUCUGGCUCAUCUUGACGAGCAGCUACGUACAACAUCUACUCAAAAGGAAAAAACGUCAACCGCUCCCAAGUCAGACGACAUUAAGAGCGAGCGACAAGAAGAAGAAAAUAAUAAAAGAAACAGACGGGAAAACCCCAUCCCUUCAACUAGAUGAACAAAGAUGCCGUGGGGCAACAUUGUAAGGCACGCGUUUCCAGCACUUUUCGGUCUCUUUUCACUCUCACCACACACUCUCCUCUCGCUCAGCCUCACCACAAGAUGGUGUCACCCUGAGAUCCUCUGGCUUUUCUGUUUUUCUCUUCCCUCCCAGGACCGGCCCGUCCGUCACCUACACCACCACCUGGAACAGGUAUCGUGUGCUCAUAUAUUUUGCCUUGCGGCUAUGUUCGCCCGCCCCUCCAUUCCGAGAUCCAGCCCAUCAUCAGUCGUUAUUUAGGAAAGGAAGAAUGCAAGCAAAAUCAACAAACACAGAAGGAAGGCGGUAGAACGAAAAAAAGAGAUAGUAAAAACUGUUCGCUCCUACGCUCUUAGCAAAUUGUUGAAGGAUAGGCUCGAAGUAUACAGAACAGGCUAUUCCUGAAUCGGCUAUUGUUCUUACUGGCAACGGUCGCACCGCGCCGCAGGGUGUGAUUUGUUCGUGUUCCGCCUGUGGGUUGAAAAAGUAAUGGUAUCAAGAUUCAUCGAAAAACGCCUAUCGCCAUGCAACGAGUCGGAACGUGUUGUGUGUAAUGAUAAUUAGGGGAUGUUGGUGGGUUCAGAUCAUCUCGCUCUGGUGCAGCCCGGUAGACA